AUGGAUCUGGGUUCGAUUUUCUCCAAAGCGGAGGAGAAAGAGAGGAGCUAUCAGGACUAUCUAUAUGCCCUCCAGGAGGAACGAAAGAAGAUCCAGGUCUUCCACAGGGAACUGCCCCUUUCCCUUCACCUCGUGACCUACGGUGAGUACGUAGAACUUGUGGGCCUCAUCGAUCUUCGCGGCCCAUCUCGGAUUUUGCCUUCUUACGUUUGAAAUCCUCGGAAAAACUAAAUCUUUCUGUUAAUUCGGUGUUUUUCCGGAAGCUAUUGAGAGCUGCCGGCGACAGAUUGCGGCGGAGCUCUUCCCCCCGAGGGCUGACUUCCGGUCCGGGCAUGAGGACGAGGAGUUGAUCAGCGACGGCGCCCCCGCCUUAGAGGAAUUCAUUCCCAUGAAGCUCAAUUCUAGCACGCCGGAGGUCGACGACGAGGAGUCCGGCGACACCGCCAUGAGGAAACGCGACUGGCUGAAAUCAGUUCAAUUAUGGACGCCCCAUCCGAGUGAAAAGGACGACGUAAGGAUGCCCCAUUUCCACUUACGGCAGUUUUUAUUUCUGUCAAGGGAAUUUCAAAGUUGAUGGAUUCCUCCUCCCUUGUGAUCGAUCAUUUUAGAAAGCCCCUUGGAUGCCAGUUUCUGGGAAGGAGAACAAGUCCACCAUUACAUUCCUCACUUUCCUCUCGCAGAAGCGGCCCUUCCAAGAGCCGGUGGUGCUCUCAGUGGACACACAGCCGGUGCCAGCUUCCUCUCCGCCGCCGCAGACGGCGAGUUCCACUUCUGAGACCAGAGGAAUGAGAGGGAGCAGCUCCAGCGGCGCAGAUGAGAAGCGCCCACAGACCCACCGGAAGACUCGCCGGUGCUGGUCCCAGGAGCUCCACCACCGCUUCCUCGACGCCCUGCACCAGCUCGGCGGCACCGAGGGUAACUCUCUCUCUCUCUCUCUCUCUCUCUCUCUCUACGUGUGUAUAUUUCUGUGGAGUGAUUUCUGAAAGAACGAAGUUGAGAUCCAAUUAUGUUUUAUUCAGUGGCGACGCCGAAGCGGAUCAGGGAGAUCAUGAAGGAGGACGGGCUGACCAACGACGAGGUGAAGAGCCACCUUCAGGUAUGUACUCACCACAACAUUUUGAUAACGUGUUCAUUUACCAGGUCGUCAAUUAUUCAUAGAAUUUCAUGCCAUCGAAAAUCGUAGUCAUUUUCAUGACGUUGACCUAUAAAGUUUUGUCAUUAAUUGCAUCAAUACAACAUAUUUACGGAGACUUUUUGCUGUUCUUAGCCGACGGUUGCAUAACUUAAGAUAAUCCCACGUUAAAACCGACCAAUUAAAUCAUAAGAUUAAAAAAUUAUAAUAUGUGGAUUCCGAAUCGAAUUAUAUGGGACGUAGUUUUCUGAGAUUUUGACUCAUUCCUAGCGGUUUCUGAUUGUGGUGAACAUCGUUUCAGAAAUAUCGUUUGCAUUCGCGGCGCCCAUGCCACACGUCCCAAGGCAACUCUGGAAACGCUCAGCAUCAACAGGUUGUCUUCGUCGGCGGCAUAUGGGUGCCCUCGUCGGACUACACCGCCACCAUCGCCGCCGCCACGGAGAGGCGACCCACGGCGAAGCAGGCCGCAGCGGGUCCUUAG